GAAGGUUUAUCGGUAUCUUUAUUGUUGGGCUUUGCUCACAAAAUGGGUUGGGCUUAUAUCAAACUUACACAAAGCCCACGAAAUCUCCUUUCAAUAAAUUCGAACCCCAAACUGUGCUUCUUCUUCUGCAAACUUGCUAAUCUCCGGUCAGUUUUUCCGGCGCAGUCAAUUUUCCCGGCGAUCUUGUUGUUCAUUUUCAGGAAAAAAAAAUGAAGAAAGGAAUUCACCCUCAAAUGCAAUGGAUAUCCUACGUGACACAAAGUGGACGGUUGAUGCAUGUUAUGAUGACCAAAAUACACCAAACAGGCAAAGUCUAUCACAUAAGAGCAAGGCGUCAGAUGGCUCAAAGUAUUGGUCAGAUUGCAAAGUUUAAGCGCCGGUAUGGUGAGAAGGAGGAAGAGGAGGAGAAAACAAAUAAAUGAAUGCAUAAGUUGGAAAAAUAGUGAGUCUCUGAUAAUUUUGUGGAUGGAUUCAUCCUUACCUUUUCCUUUCCAUCUCAUCUUAACUGGUCUUCUUGUCUGCUGUCGCCCCUUUGAAUGUUAAACAUUAGCAAACAACCAUUCUUCCUACUGUGUACACCAAUUCAGUGAUGUUUUUUGCAGCAAUUAUUAUGGCUCGUCCUCCUAUCAGCGUCAUACAAAAACAUUCUAUGAUGUUUAAUAAGAAACUUUAGCGUCUCUAUUUUCUUAUGUGGAAUUGUUGAUGUCUCCUCUGCACUCACGUUAAACGAUCACGAUUAUGCUUUGGUACAGGUUUUUUCCUUGACCGCCUGCUAUUAUAAUGAGUUGAUGCA